GAGCAACAGGAAGUACCAAGCUAACCCGGAAACACUUGGGCUACACGCGGCUUGCUUCUUCUGUUUUGCUCCGAGUACAAACGGCUUCAAAAGUCUUUAUUGUGAACGGAGUUCGCUCGAAAUGUCCACGAAUAGUCAGGAUAACAAAGACGGUUCUGACGAAAAGUCUGCGCUCAAGGAAGAGCUGAACAAAAAGGUCAAGGAGAAGAAAAUUGUCGUGGACGAGCUUUCUAAUCUGAAGAAGAGCAGGAAAGUGUACAUCCAACAGAGAAACAGCAACGUCUUCUUCUUGGCUGACAGAGGACAAACACUGAGUCACUGCAAAAAGGAACUGGACGUCAUGAAGAAGGACCUGCAGGACAUGUAAGACAGACCCCGUCCACAUCUUCACAGCCAUGUGUGGAAUCUCCUGUCUGUUGAGUCUGUCGCCCGCUUGCUGUGAGUGGGACACGAGGGUUUACGAACAUU